AUCAAAUUAUAAUAUAAUUCGCACUAGAAAAAAUAUUGAGACAAUUGUGACUAUGAAAGUGUUUAACGAUAUUUGUCAUUCAGUGUUUAAUGACAGUGCAAUGACAGAACACAUUUUGCAAGAUGUGUUUGACAACCAUAAAACGCAAUUUAUUAAAAGCAUAAUUGUAAUUUACGUUAAUUUGCGUUUAUUCCAUGAGGUUAAGUGCGUUACCGAUUCAAUACACAAAGAUUAUAUUAGACAGUACGCAGUACCAGGCGCAUGCAUAUGUGCGUAUCGUAUUGAGAAGAUUACGGUGGACUUUAAACAGACAGACAGUGACAAGCGUGAAAGUUGAUAGAAGAUUAUAUACUCACGAUUUAUGAAACGAUCCAACAUUCGACAGUGGUGUUUUAGUGAGUGAAUAUCUUUCGUUUGGGUUUAUCAAGAAAUGCAGGAAUUACGCUUCGACGGCCGAGUGGUCGUAGUAACGGGAGCGGGUGCAGGAUUGGGGCGUGCUUAUGCAUUGCUGUUUGCAUCUAGAGGUGCUAGCGUAAUUGUAAAUGAUUUAGGAAGCAGCAGACAUGGAGAUGGAAGUAAUACUAAGAGUGCAGAUACUGUGGUCCAGGAGAUUCGACAAAAUGGAGGCAAAGCUGUUGCGAAUUACGAUUCCGUGUUGGACGGCGCGAAAAUCAUUAAAACUGCAAUCGAUACAUUCGGUCGCAUCGAUGUAGUUAUUAACAAUGCCGGUAUUCUACGAGAUGUAUCAUUCGCGAAAAUGACGGAUGCUCAAUGGGAUGUGAUACACAGUGUCCAUUUGAAGGGUUCAAUGAAAACGACACAAGCGGCAUGGCCAUACUUUAUUAAGCAGAAAUAUGGACGUGUAAUUUUUACGUCGAGUAACAGCGGUUUAUAUGGAAACUUUGGUCAAUCCAAUUACAGCUCGGCAAAACUGGGUCUUGUAGGAUUAGCUAACACGUUAGCCAUUGAAGGUGCAAGCAAGAAUAUUUAUACCAACGUUAUAGUGCCUACGGCUGCUUCGCGUUUAACGGAAGAUAUCCUUCCGCCGGGUGAGUCAAUAUUAUCUAUUUCGCGAUAGUCUCUAUGAAAUUAUGAAACUCUA